AUGUCUGAUACGUCGUUACCAGUAAGAGAUUGGAGCUGUUCUUAUUACGAUGCAACUACAAAGCGUUGGUUAUCUGGAAUUUUUCGCUUGUUUUUGUCACGAUUGAAUUUCAUUCCAAAGUGUGUGGGACGUGCCACGCCCAUCUCUCUGCCAUUCCACGCGAUUCGAGCAGUUGAGAAAGAAACGACGACGCUGAUAUUCGGAGCUAUUACAAUAAAACUGAGAGACGGCGUCAAACACUGGUUUUCAUCUUUCGAAAGCCGCGAAUCAACGUUUUUCGUUGUCGUUCAUUUUUGGAAGAAUUAUUCGCUUUUGAAAGGUGAAAAUUCGAUAGAUGCUAUUGUUACACGUCCUGGAGAGCUUGCAGCUCUUAUAGUUGACGCUCAGAAAACCCUAGAAGGUGCAGCGUCUGAACUUCACUCACAGGGUCGUCAACUGGAUCAAGCGUCCCGGAUGAUGAAUGACAUUCAUUCAGAUUUAGAUGUUGUGGAAGGUAUACUGAAGGAUAUGGGUUCUUGGCUGGACACGUGGAAGGCGGCUGAUGAGUUAGUGCAUUAUGUGAAGAACCAGCGUAAGUCAAAGAAGAAAGGGGAUUUUGAUGGGAAAUUUCCGGUUUUGUUUGAUAUCAAAUUGAAGAGUGUUCACCGACCGGGACAUCUAGUGUUCAGAUCAGGAAGAAGGAAUAAUCUUAUCAUCUAUGACGAACGUCAAAAAGAAAUGUUUCAGAUUGAAGCAGAUGCAAAGCUCUCUCUUACAGCACAUACACCAUAUCACUUUACCCUCACCAACAACAACGCACCACGUGGAUCAAAUGCCGCAAUUAGCAUCAUCUCUGUUGUAGCCAUUGCGAUUAUCGAAGACAUAACGAAAACAUUUCGUACAGAAAUCGAAUACGACACCCCACCUGAAGCAGCAGACGAUCCGGAACUUGAGCAGGAAUCCGACUACGACACAAAACCAUCAGUCGGCGAAUUACCUCUUCUCAGCUGGACCGAAGCAGCUGAAAGUGAGUGGACAAACGAGGCACCGCGACUCGAACAUCACACAUCCGGUCAUCAUCAGAUGCAAGCUCAAGCCGUGAUGAGAAAACAGGCAAGAGACGAAGAGUUGAAUUUGGUGUCUCAGGGUCUUGAGAAGAUGAGGCAGUUGGCUACGAAUUUAGGUGAGGAGACCGACAUGCAGCUGGAGCUGUUGGAUCAGUUGGAUGUGUCAACAGACAAGGCGACUCAGAGAAUGAAGGAAGCAUCCAAGAGAACUCGAGAUCUUGCAAAAUGACCGUUUACUGGCAUGUUUUAUUACUUCCUACUUUGCUGCGUCAUUAAUCGUCAUGCUAGGUACAAUACAAAAUAUAUUAAUUAAUUAAUUAAUUUUAGAAGACGCA